AUGGAUCCGGAGCGCCAGGGUGGAGGCGACGAUGCUGUGGCAGACUUUGCCUUCACGAUGAGCUCCAGCGGCCCGUCCGCUCCACACUAUGCGCGCGGUGACGCCCAGAGCACGUUCUUCCCGCCUGUCCAGGAACAACACCCGCCAUCGCAGAGCAAGCCAUGGCCAUAUGUGAUGAUGCCGACUUACAGCAUGCCCAGCUGCGAUCCCCAGCCGGGCGCCUGCAGCAACAGCAACAGCAGAAACAGCACGAGCAACUGCAGCAGCACAUGCGCGGGUACGGAGUACGCGGAUGGCCAAGAACCCACGCCAACACCGCUGUGCUUUGCACACGGCGCGCCGCAAGACGUGAUGGAAUCGCUCAUCGACUCGACCGUCGACUUUUCCGGGUUUGCCCUCACACAUCACGGGCAACUACAGCAACGCCAACACCAACAACAACAACAACUCCAACAACUACAGCAACGCCAACACCAACACCAACAACUCCAACACCAACGCCACCAACAACUCCAACACCAACACCAAGAACAACAGCAACACCACCAGCAACAACAACACCACCAGCACCACCAACAGGGAAGCUUCGCGCCGUGGCAAGUGCAGCAGGCCCACCACCACUACAACCUUCACGCUCAGGUGCAACAUGCAUCAAUGGAAGACGCAGGCGAAACGUUACACGCCCAACUGCAGCACCUCUCGCUCUCACACCAAACUGGGCCGAGCACCAGCAACUUUCUGCAGGCGACGGCCACAAACACACAAGAUGACGAAGAGGACACGCAGGAAACUGCGCUCGCUUACGAUGGCAUCGAACCUGCCUUUGCCAACCCGGCACAACAACCCCAGCAGUCUCAGCCAACACAACAACAAACACCACAGCAACAGCUGCAACAAUUUCAGCAGCAGUUACAACACCAUCAAGCACAACUGCAGCAACAGCAACAGCAGCAGGACGACGGUGUUGUCUGGGGUGACUGCAUGAUGAACUGUAGUGGUGGAGGUGGUGGUGGCGGCGAUGGCGAUGGAGAGGAUGGACGCGACGACGAGCGGGAACUCUCGUUUCUCCUGAACCAGGCGCAGCUUGCGCCCUCCACUUCGCCCCAUGACGGCUUUCAGAUGUCGUACAUUGCAUAG